AUGACCAACAUGGGUCGUCACUACACCUUUAUUUUUUGGCUCUCCAUUCAACAAUCUUGGCUCCCUUGGUGGAUCUUUGAGCCAACCUCAACUCAUCCAACUUCCGCAAAGCGACGCGCAGAAGCUUGUGGAGAGGGCGAAGAAAACUCGAGUGACGAUGACAAUGGCUUUGAGGACUACGGAGCUCUUUCUGAUGUCUCGAAGGACUUCGGCAACACUGAGCUGAGUGGCUCUAGGAGCUCGUCGUCGCCGCAUUGUGGUGUUCGUCGUAUCUUCAAGAGCUUGGCGCCUUCAGUCUGGGAAUUCAUCGAGUUGUUGUUUGGGAAGUUCGUGAACCGUUUCUUCAGGACCCGGGUCGGAUAUGAUUGGGCCAACGUCAAGCCAACGUCGUCAUCGUCGAGAGCUCUUGCGGCCUCCCUUUUCCGCGUUGCUUGGCUAGAUUACGUUCUCGUGCAGAAUUUUGUUGAAGUGUGA